AUGAAUAACAGAAUUUCUUAUCUCUCUGAAAAUGAUAACAAUAAUAUCUAUUUCACUUCAUCUUCUAAUAAAUAUAUUAAUGAUGCUUUUUCCAUAACUGAAUAUGCUAAUAAAGACAAAGAUGAAUAUGCCAACAAGUAUAGUACUUUAUCUGUGAUUAAAAAUGCUAAAAAUGAUAAUAUAUUUUACUGUAAUGGGUUUGAAAAUGAGUUUAAUCUAUUGCCUGCAAUUGAAAAUGUUAAAAAUAGUAAUUUAGAAGAUGAGCCUAAAGAAUAUGAAGGUGGUGGUUCAGAAAAUAAGCCUAAAGACAGUUUUUUAAAAGAGAUAAAUGCUGAGCAGAUCUUCACUUCUUUUGAGGUGCUUAAGCAAUGCUUAAAACAUUAUUCUACUAAAAUGAAUUUUGAAACAAAGAUAGUUCAAGUUGAAAAGAAGAACAAUGUUUGUACUAGAAAAAUGUAUAAGUGUUGA